AAGAGUCGCGAGUCGCGAGUCGCGAGUCGCGAGUGUCGAUGGCCAAAGGGGCAAAAGAGGCAAGUGGUUGCCUUGCCUGCCUGCCUGCCUGCCGACCGCCGCCCGUGCACGCAGCACCCACGCUCGUGCCUGCAUGGCUGCGAGUUCAGGAGGUCAGACGCGCUACUCAUCACGUGAUCAGCGUGCACGAGCGUCCGAGGAACCACGCACGCACUGGCUGGUCUCUCUGCUGCUGCUGCGAUAUGCUCUCGCGACUCACGAUUGUAGCGAAGUUGGGCGCGAGUGUAUGAAUCGCACUCUCAGCUUUCCACAAUCAUCUCAAGGCGAAUCGGAUGCAUCAAGCGGCCACCAAACGUGGCGCGGUCAACGUCAAGGAAGAAUCACAAUGGCGUGUGCGCGCGCACUCAAGGCUCGAUCCAAGAAGUCGAGACUGCCGCGCGGAUGGAUGUGCAUGGAGGACAUCCGAGCACGAGCCACCGGUCCGCAUGAGUCGUGAGGGUGGCACCGCGAAAAGCGUGUACCGUACCUACAUGUGCGCAGUCCCGGACGGGCCGUGUGUCACACCCUCAUCCUCGGCAUGAUCAGCACCAUGCGACUCGAAAAAGUCGUCGUGAGUGAUUGCGCA